AUGACUACUCUUCGAUUUGUCCGGUCGGUCUGGGAGUCCUUCCGAGCCACCUCAGGUCUAGAGCCUCGGCUCCUAAACAAUCUUCGAGUGACUGCUGCUCGACCCGGAACCGUGAACUUUGAGCUUGACAUCCAAAAAGAACACACUAACCGCUUGAGUAUUAUUCAUGGAGGCACCAUUGCAAGCAUGGUUGAUCUGGGUGGAUCCCUAGCUGUGGCUUCGAGGGGAUUAUUCGCUACCGGAGUGUCUACCGAUUUAAAUGUCACCUAUUUGAACGCUGGCGGCAGAGUGGGCGACAAAAUCUUGGCUGAGGUCACCUGUGACAAGUUUGGAAAAACGCUUGCUUUCACCAAUAUUUUAUUCACUAACCCCAAGGGAGACGUUGUCGCCAGAGGCAGCCACACCAAAUACGUGACACUGGCCUGGAGGGACCCGAACAACAUUGUGGAGGAGAUCAACAAUCUCAAGGAGCCAUAA